UUUAACGAUGUUGAACCAUGUGAAAUCGCCAAAUGCCGAUGUUAUGCUGUUUUUUACUUUAAAAAAAAGGCAAAACAGCAAUGUAUAGCCUCGACGUAAUAUGGACCUGACAUAUAUUGAAUGAACUUAUGCACUGGGAAACUGGUGAGAAGAUAAGUGCCAGAUUUUUUGAGUAAGGGGAGGAGGGCGUCCUGGCACCGGAUCCCCCGCUAACCACACACAAGGAAGUUCUCGCGGUUGCUCGGGUCUCCGCUUAAGUUCUGGCCACGCCCUCGUUUUGCAGCCGCCGUAAAGUGCGACGUCGUGGCCACGCCUAUUCGGCGCUUCUUGUGACGCAGUCGCACAGGGUAUUUUUGCGCGGGAAAAGGGGGCAGUCUGGAGCUCUAGCCGGUGUCGCUGGGACGGGCGGUUUCUGCGGAGGUUGCCUCUCGCUCCCUAUCCCUGCUGGCUAUGGGGUUGCUGGAGCUGUGCGAGGAAGUGUUCGGUACCGCCGACCUUUACCGAGUGUUGGGCGUGCGGCGCGAGGCCUCGGACGGCGAGGUCCGACGCGGCUACCACAAGGUGUCUCUGCGGGUGCACCCGGACCGGGUCGGCGACGACGACAAAGAGGACGCCACCCGCCGCUUCCAGAUCCUCGGGAAAGUCUAUUCUGUUUUGAGCGACAAAGAACAGAGAGCAUUGUACGAUGAGCAGGGAACAGUGGACGAAGAUUCUGAUGUGCUCAACCAAGAUCGGGACUGGGAGACGUAUUGGAGGUUACUUUUUAAAAAGAUAUCUCUAGAAGACAUUCAAGCUUUUGAAAAGACAUACAAAGGUUCUGAAGAAGAGCUGGCGGAUAUUAAACAGGCCUAUUUGGAUUUCAAGGGUGACAUAGAUCAGAUCAUGGAGUCUGUGCUGUGUGUGCAGUACACAGAAGAACCCAGGAUAAGGAACAUUAUUCAGCAAGCCAUUGAUGCUGGCGAGAUCCCAUCCUAUAAUGCCUUUGUCAAAGAAUCGAAGCAAAAGAUGAAUGCAAGGAAAAGGAGGGCUCAGGAAGAGGCUAAAGAAGCAGAAAUAAGCAGGAAGGAGUUGGGCCUUGACGAAGGAGUAAACUUGAAAGCAGUCAUUCAGAGCAGACAAAAGGAUCGGCAAAAAGAAAUGGACAAUUUUCUGGCUCAAAUGGAAGCAAAGUACUGCAAACCUUCUAAACGAGGAGGGAAAAAAACGCCUCUCAAGAAAGAAAAGAAAUAAUGGAAUUUUCUCUUCAAAAGACUUUAGGUGUUAAUUGGUGCCAUCGUAGGCAAGAUACAGUCAAGAUUUGAAGACAAAAGUCAACCCUCCCUUGAAAAAAGUUGUCUUUCCAGGCUCAAUUAUUCAGCUCAGUUCUGUAAACCAAGCAGAAUCUCUCAACCUGAUUUUCGUAGUCUUAGAAAUCCCCUGACAUUCUUUGAGGUCCUGCAUGAAGGAAUUUGGUGAUUUUUGAGGGAAUGGAGGAGAGUGGUAUACUUCCUGGCAGUGCUUGUGUCUGUGGAUCUUCUGUACAAGGAACUCUUAUCUGGGAUGUGGGUCUGUCCCAUACUGCCUUCAGCAGUUGUUGUUUUGCCACGCGGGAGUGUGUGCACAGCUCUGGAGUAUUCAGAGUGUUGUGUUUAUUAGAACAGUAACUCUACCUAGCUAGAACGCUUUCAGAGCCCUUGCUGGACAUGUGUCUUUCAAAUAUUUGCCAGUUUGCUUUCAUUUUAAUCUUGAAUAGAUCCUCUCUCCUUUUGUUUUAUUCAGCCAGGUUUUGUACUCUUUGUUUGAAAUAUAGGAGAAACAGAUGUUGAGAUUACUUCAGACAUCUUUGUAAGACUCACACAUGAUGAAAUAAACAAGUUAAAAAUGACUGUUAAGUUCUGGGGCCUUUUAAAUGAUCUCAGUGAUCAUUUAACGAUGAUCUAGAAAAACUAUGAAUGGUGUUCAGAGAAGAGAGAAAAGUAAACCAAGUCAGCUUUAUAGUAGGUAGCCGGAUUUAAGUAGCAUAAAGAGAAGUUGUCCUACCUGUAACUGUUGAAAGUCUGUCCUUAAGCAGGUCGCAGACCUUGUUUGAACUUGUUGCCUCAUCUAUAAAAGGGUGAGGGAGUUGGUUGGGCUAAAUGACUGCUUAAGGGCUCCUUCUGAUUCUCUUAACUUUCGAAGGCAGGCCAUCUUGAUCCAGUGGUUUGUUAUCAUACACUCAUGGUAUUGAUUUGUGAGAAUGGUAUAGAGAUGUUUACUUACAUUUAGUCAAAUUGGUAUGUACACAUUGGAAUAUAUGGACAUUUUUUGGCAACUGAUAAAAGUCUCUGAGUUAUAGACUUUUAUGCAUAUGGCAUUGAAUAUAUAACAACUUUUCUGUUACUGAGUUUUAUGUAUGAUACUUUAUCUGAGGUAAGCACAUGACACAUUUUUAGUUUGGUUACAAACAGGUUAAAAAAUACUCCUUAAUUGUAUUAAAGUAUAAUUUAAUGCAGGUUGUUUUGAAGCAUCUGUCUUCAUAUGAUAGCAUUAGUACACUUAGAUAAAAUAAAAAAAUUACCCCUAUUUAUAAUUACUUGAGUUUAUCCACUCUGAAGAUUUACAGUAAAUUAAAGUUCAAUGAAAUUUAAAUAAAAUAAAUUGAAGCCAUAGUUAAAACCACUGCUGCCUUUAUGAAUGUCCUCCAAAAAAGGUCCAUAGUGAAAUCAGAAGAAUGCUGAAGUUCUAUUCUUCUGCUAUUAGGAUAUGUUUAUACUAAACUAAUUACCAGAGUUUCUGAAAUGUUAAGGUAUUGCUGGAUCACCAAUAGAUUCUAUAAAUUUUUUGUUUACUUAGAGUUUAAGGAGAAAAUCUGGUAAGACGAGUUUAAUAGUAUAUAUAUAUAUAUAUAUAUAUGAAUAUAUGACCACUAAGGUCUUUUAAGAAGAAAAGAAGCAUAAUCUUGAUAGGAAGCAGGCCUUGUGAGGUUGAGCUGUCCUAUCUGAAAAUAUAUAUACAUUAUGACUUACUAAUAAGUUACUUUAUACCAGUGCUCCACAUUUAUGUCUUUAGUUAACUUAGCCCUUCCCAUGUCUCUUUGCCUAUAAGAUUGGGCAUCUAAAGAGAAAGUUAGGAAUGACAUCUGUUUGAUGAGUAACUCAGAUUUUUGACAGCUCUGUCUCCUAAACAUGCCUUAAAAAUAAGUACAACUCUCCAGAAAUUCAUAUAAGCAGAAGUAUUCUAAAGCCAGUGAUAAUGUUAUCAAACCAUUAUUUGCUGCUUUUUGUGUAUGUAUAGUCUCAGAAUCCUGUAAUAGUUGAGCUGAUCAUUGUUAACAGACAACAUGAGUUUUGGGGAUAAUUAUUCAUUUGUUACAUCUUUGGGUACAAAUUUUAAGUCCAAUGGAAUAGGUUAACUUAUGCUGAAAGAAUAUAGGAACUGGAGAGGGAAACAGUAUCCAUGUAAUCUUUGGCGGAUCCUCUUUCUCAGUUAUAUCAGAUUAACACUUCAUGAAGAUGGUUUUAAGUUGUCUCUUGUAUACAAGCUUUGCAUCACAAGAUGACUGAACACUGACCAUGAAUUUUUCUCACGUGUUGCCUGCAGCCUGAAGCAGGUUCUUCUCAUUUGCCCUAUGGUGCCUGCCUGGUUCUAGAGACUGGUCCACCUCUGUUUUGAGAUUUUGUAGACCCAUGUAAGUGAGGACCUGUCAGACAAAGGUGACAUCAUAGAGUAACAUUAGUAGACAUUCUAGAUUUGGUAAUCUCAAGUUCAUAUCUAAGGGCUUUUUUGUUCCAGUUAUCAGUCGGACUUAAAUUUGGAGACUGGGACUAAGUAGUAAAGUAUAUAUUCAUCAAGGCAAUAAAAACCACAUUUGCAUUAUUUUAUCACUUAAAACCAGAAAAACUGUAUUAAGAUAUAAAAUCUAGUUUUAUUUAUUUAUUUAUGUUAAAGGUUUUAUUUAUUUAUUUGACAGAGAGAGACACAGUGAGAGAGGGAACACAAGCAGGGGGAGUGGGAGAGGGAGAAGCAGGCUUCCCGCCCAGCAGGGAGCCCGAUGCGGGGCUCGAUCCCAGGACUCUGGGAUCAUGACCUAAGCCGAAGUGAAAUCUAGUUUUAGAGGAGAGGCCACUGGGCGCCUGGGUGGCUUAGUCAGUUAAGCAUCUGCCUUCGGCCUAAAUCAUGAUCCCAGGGUCGUGGGUUGAGCCCCGAAUUGGGCUCUCUGCUCAGUGGGGAGUCUACUUCUCCCUCUGCCCCUCCCUCCUGCUUGUGUUCUCUCUGUCUCUUAAAUAAAUAAAAUCUUUUAAAAAAAAUGAACUAUUAGAGAAGAGGCUACUGAUUAAAAAGGACUAAUAUGUCUGUUUGACUUAUCUAAAUGUUACGACUGUCAACAAGGCUGAAUGUAGUUAACUCUAGCUCAGCAUUGCUUCUCUAUGAGGACUAAUCCAAGAAAGAAUCCAUGGAAAGCAUUCAGAGACUACCAAACAAUGCUAACAGGAAAUGAACAAGAGAAUUCACUUGGAUGACAGAGAUGGUUUGAGGCAGAUUACUUUUUAAUGUAACUUGUGGAUUAAUCUUAUUAACAGGAAAUAUUUCAACUGCCUAAUACUUCUGAUUUCACCUACAACAUGGGAAGGACCCUGAUGGUCGUGAAUGUUAUCGUUAUAGGAAGAAUUAAGAUACCCUUAAAUUUUCUCCCCUCCUGUGAAAAUACAAUCUAUAGAAUAUGACUUAGAAAUAAAAAAUUAAUGGGAUGGACUCAGA